AUGACCUCACCGAAGUUGAUCGAGGUGACGAAUUUGCAGACUCUCCGCCUACAAUCUGACGCCGCAGGUCCCGCACAACGAGAUGUUGCCUCAACAAACAAUCACGAAGCUUCUGCCGUCAGCACAACGAACCUAUCACACGAGAAGGCAUCUACACCGGCAAACCUUGACAAGAGCUCGAGGACGUCGACGAACUCGUCCCAGGCGCGAGCUCCUUCACAUGAUACAUCUCCAGCCGAUCCUGGAGGACCUUCGCCGCGUUCGGACCAUACCAAUCAUUCCAAAGAUCGCCUCAUCGGCCGCAUACCGGCCCAAACCGGAGAUGCCGAAGAACAGUCUGCUCGCGAUAGACAGACCCGCGAGGAGCGACGCGAAGCUCGACACCUUGCAAGGACCCAUCGGAAGGCCCAGAGAGCUGCUAAACAUGCCGAGAAGAAACGAGCCAGAUUAGCUACAGGUCGACGACGAUCGGGCUUCGUUCAUGUGGAGCCUGGAAAAGAGCAAUUAUGGUUCGAAGCCGGCGGUCCAGGCAAAACCGCACCUGAAAAGAUCUUGACAGAGCGCAGGAUGGCGAAAGUCGAGGUGGUCAAGAGUUGGGGCCCAAUGGACAAUCUGAAGCUCAUGAGCACAAAAGCAUCCCCGGAAGAAGAGUGGUCGCCGUCACGGUCAAGCUCGCUACCGAACUCGCCAAGUCUUCGACUCCCAACUUGGCUGAGCUACUUCAACUGCCACCCAGGCAGAUCCUCCAAGCCACUACCAGAUAAGUCCAACCAAGCAAGCGCAUCGUCCAAUUCAUGA